GUUGUUAUAUAUAUCAAUGCAAAAGAAACAAAGAUCAUUCACAACAUUCAAUUCUUAAAGAAAUGGCAAAUAUCCAAAGAACACAAGUUCUUGUGGUAAUGAUAAUAUCUCUACUCAUCCAAAUAUCUCUCUUACAAGCUGAAACCAUUGCUUCAGAUGUUCAUCCAAAUAUCUCUACUCUCAAAUCAAUAGUGAGGAUAACAAAUCGCCUCGGUGAUGGUUCGAUAUUAAACCUCCACUGUAAGUCCCCAGACGACAAUCUCGGUCUCAAAAUACUAGCUCCGAAUAAGUCUUGGUCAUUUACGUUUAGACCAAAUAUUUGGGGGACGACAGUAUUUUACUGUCAUUUCACAUGGCCUCGAGGACACUCAACACACUUUUAUAUAUACGAUGAUAUCAGAGAUGGUGUUCAUAGGGGUAUUCCUUGUAUCUACUGUUUCUGGGAUAUAAGCAAAGAUGGGCCAUGCAGGUUCAACGAAGUAACUGAUGCUUUUGAUAUAUGUUAUUAUUGGAACGGCGAUCCAAAACAAUAGUUUUGUCUUAUUAUUAUUAUUCGUGUGCUUUUUUAACUUUUUAUUUUCUUGUGUUGCGCGAUUUUUUUAAUAAAGAAUGAAUGUUUCAUAAUCGUUUGGGAAAGGUACAAGGAAACAAAAUAUAAGAUACGAAAUAUAUCAAUUAAUUAAAUAUAAUCAUUUAUUUCAUUUAGAUCAUUUCAACUUGGAUUUACGUUUAUGAGUAAUUAUGAAGAAAAACAUGUAUGGCAGUGUGUUAAACAUUAAUAGGAAAUGAAAUUGGCCAGCGAAUUGUUUGUGUAAUCAAUAUUCAAAAAAAAAAAAAUCGUUAGAUGAUAAUUAGAUGCUUUGUAAAAGAUUAUCUUCUAUUCGAACACCUAAAUGAUGUCUAGACCAAUAUAUUUCAAAAUCACAGUAGAAUAUUGGUUUCACUUAUAAAUGAUUUAGCGCCUACCUAAACGAAUAUUAGAUGUCAUCUUAAUCAAUU